AGAACAUAACUGUCUCAAAAUCUCAUUUAGUCAUUUUAGCCACUUCGACUUGCGUGGUGUUUAGACUAAACGCUGGAGUCUCCACACUGCAGUCUCACGUCCAUCUCGUCUUAAAUUUCGUAUUGAGAAAAAAAUAGCAAGUGUCAAGACAUGUGGCGACUGUACAGGUGCCUCCUCAUCCUGAUGCUGAUGAUGAAUUGCUCAGCGCUGACAGCAUUCGAAUGUAGCCCCAACCAGCUGAAGUGUGCAAAUGGCCGUUGUGUCGCCCUUAGGUGGGUGUGUGACAACUUUAAUGACUGUGGCGAUGGAACUGAUGAACUGCCUGAAAACUGCGACUCCAGAAAGUGUCUGGACACAGAGUUUGAUUGUGGUGCCCCCCACAAUCAGUGUGUGCCUAAAAGCUGGCACUGCGAUGGCACAGCGGACUGUUUAAAUGGCACUGAUGAAGAAAACUGCAUGGCAAAGGAGUGUGCACCUGGCCAGUUUCGCUGUAAAACGGGUCAUUGCAUCUCCAAGUUGUGGGUGUGUGACAACAUGAAAGACUGCCCGGACGGCUCCGACGAGGCCACCUGCCCGAAACCGACCUGCAGCCCCCAGCAAUUCCAGUGCAGAAACAACUCCAUGUGCGUGUCCUAUAGCUCGCGCUGCGACGGUGAGUUGGACUGCUCAGACGGCUCUGACGAGUCGACCGAGACCUGUGGGGAAAACCACCUGAAGCCCUGUAGAGCAGAUCAGUUCCAGUGCGCUAAUGGCCAGUGCAUUUACGGGACGUGGCGCUGUGAUGGUGACACGGACUGCAAUGAUAAAUCGGAUGAAGACAGUUGCUCUCACCCUACUUGUCGCCCAGACGAGUUCCAGUGUGGUAAUGGCACAUGUAUCCAUGGCAGCCAUCAGUGCGACAAAGUGCACGACUGCGCUGACUCCAGUGAUGAGAUGGACUGCCAAACAGAAAACGCAUGCGAUGGUCCGACUGUGUUCAAGUGUCGAAGCGGGAAGUGCAUCAGCAUGACCAAGGUCUGCGACAAGCAGCAAGACUGUCAUGACGGUUCGGAUGAACCGGUCGGAUUGUGUGAUAUUAAUGAGUGUUUGGUUGGGAACGUUGGGUGCUCCCAUGAUUGUGUUGAUCAUAAACUCGGCUACACCUGCUCCUGCCCUGCUGGAUACACACUGAAGGACGACAAAAACUGUGAAGACAUCGACGAAUGUUUGCAACCAGACAUUUGCAGUCAGAUUUGUAUCAAUGAGCCGGGCAGCUACAGGUGUGAUUGUAAAGACGGCUACAAAAUGGACCCGGCCACCACGACGUGCAAAGCUGUGGCUGGCACUACGCCCGAACUUUACUUCGCCAACAGGCAUGAUGUGAGGAAGGUGACUGUAGAUCGCAGCGAUUACGUGCAUGUGAUGGAGGAUUUGAAGGAUGCAGUGGCUCUAGACAUAGAUAUCCCUAACAAGAUCAUCUUCUGGUCGGACCUUUUCUUCAAGAAAAUCUACAGCUCCAAGCUGGACAUGGCCGACCAAUCCUCUGCGCACACCGUGGUGAUAGGCGAUAAGGUGGAGGCCCCGGAAGGCCUCGCCGUUGACUGGAUUCAUGGCAACAUCUACUGGACGGACAGUUUUUUAAAAACCAUCUCUGUGGCGACGAUGGACGGCAGCAAGAGGAAGACACUGAUCGCUGACAAUCUUGACGAACCCCGAGCCAUAACAGUGGAUCCUAUGAACAAUUUCAUGUACUGGACAGACUGGGGUAAGGAGGCCAAGAUAGAAAAGAGCGGUUUGAACGGAGCUGACCGUGUCACCUUGGUAACUGAUAACAUUCUGUGGCCCAAUGGAAUUACACUUGACAUCGUCAACCAGCGUCUCUACUGGGUGGACUCCAAGUUACACACACUGUCAAGUGUGGAUGUCAACGGAGGGACUAGAAACACUGUGAUUUACAGUAAAGAAAAACUCGAACAUCCUCUCUCUCUGGCUGUGUUUGAGGAUGAAGUGUUUUGGACAGAUAUGGGCAAUAGGGCUGUUUUCGGUGCUGAUCGUAAGACAGGAGAGAACAUCAAGGAGUUGGCCAGUGACCUGGACCAUCCAGAGGAUAUCGUGGUUUACCACAACCUCAAGCAACCAAAUGGUACAAACUGGUGCACAGAGGGGAACAUUAAUGGAGGCUGCGAGUACCUGUGCCUUCCCGCUCCUGUCAUCAAUCAACAUUCUCCGAAAUAUACCUGCGCCUGCCCCGAUCACAUGAACAUGGCGUCCGACAUGAGGAAAUGUGUGGCCAAAGCCACUGAGACAAACAUGACGAGUUCGAUCCUGCCCUCUCAGGAGCCCAACCUGUCCGACAGACAGCAGCCUCUGGCUCCAUCCCCAGCCAGCACACAAGAUGCAGGCCACACUACUGCUGUCUAUGUCGCGAUUCCUCUUGCAGUCAUGAUCUUAUUGGUGUUUGGGUUAGUGUUGGUAUGGAGACAAUGGCGAAUGAAGAACACCAACACCAUGCACUUUGUCAACCCAGUGUAUCAGAAGACCACAGAGGAUGAGGUGCAAAUCUGCAAUAAUUCUGAAGGCUACGUUCAUCUUCAGGGGCAAAUGAUGAGUAUGGAGGACGAAGACAUUGCAUGACCUCAUAUGCCAUAGAUAAUUGUUUUUGUUUUCCAGAACAAAAAUGAUUAAUUUUUGUUUCCUUACAUACCUUAUCAACAGUUUGUGACUUCAGCGUUAUCCAAAGAAGCACCAGAUAAUUUCGUAUCUGGUUUAGCUGGGUGAAUGGAGUAAUGGGGUGGGAGGGGUGGGGGGGGGGGUCAAGAAGUUCAGAAGAUGAAGGUCUUACACUUGCACUACUUUUCUUUUGUGCCUUUUGCAACUUUUUCAUGACUUAUUUAUUUUUGGCUGGUGCCUUGUGCUACUGUAUACAGAGAACCAUCGGGUUGUUCAAUGGUUCAUGAAGAGUAAUUCAAAAGCCACUUUAAUCAGUGACUUCUUGAAACACGAUUGUGCCUUUCAAACACUUUCCUGUAGUUAAUACUUAUUAACUACCUUGUUGAUGGUCAAACCUGUUACAAACUACAAUAAAGUAGUUAACAAAUUGAAGUUUUCCCCCUGAACAUUACAAAAGUAAUGUUAAAUUAGAUUUAAAGUACGGUACUUGGUAAAAACUUAAAGUGUAUUUUCUCUAAAGAGUUGCACGCGUUCUCCUUUUUGAAGUUAUGUUCUCUUUAAAUGUUGUCACGAUACUGUUUUUUUUUUUUUAACUUGAUAGCGACAAAAAUGGGAUGAGUAUCGAUACUUUUGCAAUCAUAUAUCUUAUCUGGAUCCAACAUUUCAGUAUCGAUACUUUUCGACAACCCAAUGAAGACUAGUAGUAUUGGCGCUUUACACUCUAAAUGCUAAUGCUGCUGAAGUUCCUGUCAAGUAAAAAGGAGGAAGCUGUUUCAAAUGAAAAUGUGAAAUAUUUUUUUAUGUCACUCCGUCUGCUGCCUUUUCCUUGUGCACUGAAUCAGGAAAUAAUAUAAAUUCCAAAGUUUUAUUUAUUAAUAGGUUUAUUAUUGAAGAGGGUUUUGAUUGGAGGGUGUUGCUGUAAAAGCCCAAACUUGAUUCAUAACCAGGACACAUUUUGAGUUUAAUGCAAUAUUCAUUAGAUAUGUGUAUUGUAUUAAAAAUUGGCUUUUUCAAUGUGUAUUUUGAAAUUUGUGAUGGACACAAUAUUGUACUGCCUGUGUCAUUUUGGACAAAAAGUUAAUGUCACUGAUUCAUUUUCAGACAAAAAGCUGUACAUUAAAUUAAAAUUAAAUUCAAAAUGUGUCUCACAUGAAUACCUUUGGCUUACCUAUACAUCUUGACUCUUGUGUAGUCAGAUUGUGCAGCUGUUAUUUAAUGUGUUCAUAACUGUUCUUUUUGAGUGUUCUGUGUAAUUAAAGAUUUUUUGAUGAUCACAA